GCCGGUGUGAUUAUCCUUGUCUUCCCGUGAGGGCAUGACAUACAUACCAACACUAUCAUCAGCCAAUCCUCUCCCAUGUGGAAUCCGAAAUUCCGCGAUUCCCGACAUCUCCGUUGUGUCCGAGAGGUAUCUAUGAGCAGGACAAUACCUUGUCACGGCCCAGGUUGGAUAAUUAGGACAAGGAUGGUUUGCUGGGAUUACUGUCACCACCCAUUGGGAGCAUAUAGAGACAACACAAUGGGCUGACAAAUCGGUUUCCUCCACAAUCGGUGCUGACCAAGCAUGCCCCUCAUCUCCCAUUGAUCCUUCGCCGUCCCGUACCGCCACAAUAUAGCAACUGUUCCUCUCCUAGCCGACGAAUACAUAUCUCAACCGAGCCAAGCGUGACACGAUGCGCAUGGUAUGGCAGCCCUUGCCCGCCAACAGGUAUAAAACUAUCAGGCCUUGCUUGACCUGCCUGUGUGAACCACGAACUCACUUCACUCUAUCCCACCAUAAAACUAGACUACGACGCGAACGACGUUGACGAUACUCAUUGACACCGGCCAACAUAACGUGCACCGAUGGGCUUCUACCCUGCAGAUUACGUAACAGUCCAAGCGGCUACCUCAACCACAUUCACCGCCCCUCCACAAGACGGGUCGCUCAUCUUCCCCGACUGGAUCGACUGGCAUAUCGAAAGGAGUCAUGAUCACCCUUAUGCAGUGCUGGUGGGAGAAAACGAGGGAGAGGAGAACGUCUCCAUCACCUAGGGUGAAGUUGCACGCGCGGUAUAUCGCUUGGCCUCCAAGUUCCGCCAGAUAGUCCCGGAUAAGCAAAUCUCUGGCAAACCGCCUGUUAUCGCUAUUCUGGUGAACACUGACAGCCUAGCAUAUGUGACGAUCUUCAUGGCUAUCGUCCGCGCCGGGUUUACCGCCUUCCCCCUCAGUGUGAGGAACCCGAUCUCCGCUCUGGAGCAUCUGAUCAACAAGACCGACUGCCAAUACACCGUCGGCUCCAUCCCUGCUAAAGGGGUUCAGUAGAGCACUCUGCAGGAAGCGACCUCUAUGCUUCUCCAGAAACUGCCUGGCCUGACGCUAAUAGACGCACCGCGGUACUCCAACCUGUACCCGCGGCUCGCUCAGUUCCCCCCAGCGCCCUACGACCCUUCCUCAGACAAGGGCAUCACCCCCUCCCUCCCUUCCGUGCGCUCUUUCGCAACCUACGCAAACUAUACCCCCA